UUUCUUCUAGAGAGAAAAAGGAGAGAGAACUAUACCGUCUUAUAGACUAGGAGUCUAGGACCUUAUAAUCACACUCCCGCCAAAGAACCUGGAAAAUGCACUUAUCCAUCCGUUCUAAUGCUUAAACCCUAAAUUUGCCUUUCCCUCUUCCUCUCAAACAAAAACCCUACCAAACUUCCCUGCAAAAGCUUUUCACACACAUCUAACUUCAUCAAAUUCAUUUGGAGGUAGCAGCAGAAAAGGGUUAGGGGUUUGAUUCUCAUUUACAGAGUGUCUGGUAUGCCUGGUCAGUUACUGCCUCUUAAAUUAGUCAAUAAUUCUGUAACUACAAGUACCACUUUUUCCACCAUGAAACUAGCUUCCAACUUUCAGUGUUCUCGUAGUAUUUCUGUUUUCUCCAGAGUUUUCCCGUCCAAACUUAAUUUCCUAGGGUUUUCAAGAAAUUUUGCUGUUCCAAUGUUGUUGUCUGAUGAAGAAUCAAACAGUAGAAGUUUUUCUACUGGUUCUUUUCGACCUAGAAAUGGUGGUAGUAGUAGGAGUGUUGCUAGGAAUCCAGAAUUUUCACGAGGUGGGCGUGGUUUAGAGAGAGAAAGUUUCAAAGCUGGGAGCUUUGGAAGUAAAGGGGCAAAACAAAAAAGUCUCAUUGAGGAUGAAAAGGAACUUAAUGAUUGGGCUGGUGGAUUAAAAACCGAUUCUUUUCGUGUCAACAACGAUAGUGAUGCUUCAGACAUGGAUAGGGGAUAUCAGAGAGAGAGGGAUACUGAUAGAACAAGGGGUUCAUAUUCAACUUCAAGGAAUCAGAGAGGUGGAAGGAGUGAAAUGACAUCUCCAAGGAGGGGAAGAGAUGAUUUUUCUGCUGGUAAUAGUCGAGGUUCUCGAGGUGGGACUAGUUCUUUUCCUAGGGGUUCAAGGGGCAACAAUUCUGUGUCAAAUUUUGGUACAAAGAAACGGUUUAGCGAGUCAUCAUCAGAUGAAGAGAUAACUCCAAGGAGGAGGGAAUUCAAUACUCAGGGUGGAUAUUCUUCCCCUGCCACAAGAGGUGGAAGGAAUUCUUCCUUCAGUAAUGGGCGGGGUCGAGGGGGUGCAAGUCUACAGAGAGGGUUAAAACCUUCUGGUAGACAAGCUGCUUUGAUCUCAGACGAUGAAGAUGAUGAGGGGGAUUAUGAUUCAGACACAAUUUCUAGUUUCGAGAAAUUGCUCAAAGAUGAUGACAGUGAAUACAGUGACGAAGAUAGUGAAGAGGAUGACAAAGGUACUGAUAUUGAUAGGUUUAAGGGGUUGGGUUCAUUGGGUGGAUCAGCCAAAGGAAGUGGUGCGAAGGUGAUUCCUGAAGUAUCAAGUGUAGAUUCUGAGUCUUAUCUAAGUCAGACCAGGUUUGAUCAAUGUGCUGUAUCUCCCUUAUCGUUGAAGGGAAUUAAGGAUGCUGGCUACGAGAGGAUGACCGUGGUGCAGGAGGCAACUCUUCCUAUCAUUCUCAAAGGGAAAGAUGUUCUGGCCAAGGCAAGGACAGGAACUGGGAAAACUGUAGCAUUUUUGCUUCCAGCAAUUGAAGCAGUUGUAAAAUCAGCUUCUGCCGAUCGUGAUCAGAAGAGACCCCCAAUAAACGUGCUUGUCAUAUGCCCAACAAGAGAGUUAGCAAGUCAAGCUGCUGCUGAGGCUACCAAAUUGCUGAAAUAUCAUCCUACUCUCGGUGUUCAAGUUGUAAUUGGAGGUGUGAGGCAAGCAUUGGAGCAGAAACGUUUACAGGCAAAUCCGUGUCAGAUCCUUAUCGCCACACCCGGAAGGCUCAGAGACCACACUGAAAAUACGCCUGGAUUUGCAACACGGUUGAUGGGUGUGAAAGUGCUGGUUCUUGAUGAAGCCGACCAUCUGCUGGAUAUGGGUUUCCGGAGAGACAUAGAGAGGAUCAUUGCUGCUGUUCCGAAACAGCGUCAAACACUACUAUUUUCUGCCACUGUUCCAGAAGAGGUUCGCCAAGUCUGUCACAUAGCUUUGAAAAGAGAUCACGAAUACAUCAACACUGUUGCAGAAGGCAGUGAGGAGACUCACACACAGGUUCAACAGACACAUCUAGUUGCGCCACUCGACAAACAUUUCUCACUGUUAUAUGCUCUACUGAAAGACCAUAUUGCAGACGAUGUUGACUAUAAGGUUCUUGUAUUCUGCACAACUGCUAUGGUCACGAGAUUUGUAGCUGACCUCCUUAAUCAGCUUAACUUGAAUGUACGUGAAAUCCAUUCCCGAAAACCCCAAAGUUAUAGAACAAGGGUUUCUGACGAGUUCCGUAAGUCUAAAGGACUUAUUCUUGUGACAUCUGAUGUAUCUGCACGUGGAGUAGAUUAUCCCGAUGUUACCCUUGUUAUACAGAUAGGAUUACCAUCAGAUAGAGAGCAGUACAUACAUCGACUUGGUAGAACGGGGCGGAAAGGUAAACAAGGGCAAGGAAUACUGCUGCUGGCACCUUGGGAGGAAUUCUUCUUAUCUAAUCUGAGAGAUUUGCCAUUAACAAAAGCUUCAGCACCUUUGGUUGAUCCUGAUACAAAGAAAAAGGUGGAACGAGCCCUAUCCGAAGUAGAAAUGAAAAACAAAGAGGCGGCAUACCAAGCAUGGUUGGGAUUCUACAAUUCCAAUAAGACAGUGGCACGUGAUAAAUCCAGGCUUGUUGAGCUUGCCAACGAGUUCAGCAGCAGCAUGGGACUUGAUAGCCCUCCAGCCAUCUCAAAGCUCGUUAUUGGCAAGAUGGGACUAAAAAAUGUCCCUGGUCUUAGAUUCAAAUAGAUUGUUUAGAUAUGACAAAGAAGCCCGCGGCAAAGGAGAAAGUGUACGUCACAGGCGGGAAACAGAUUCUGGAGUUUGUUUUUUUAUUAACAGGAAAAUUGAUAAAUGAAAAUUACACGGAGUCUUGAAUACAUAACUGUAUCCAGAGAGGGAUAUUAUCAGUCCAUUCUUGUGGACCAUUUUGUAACAAAAUACCAUGCUUGGGUAAAGAGUCAGCCACACGGUUAAAAUCUCAAUAAUAAAAUAGCAAAUCCAACCUCCAUUUCUUACAUGUCAACGUGCAUGAGACUUGGGAUUUAGGCUUGCA